AUGGAGAGAGGGAAAGAGGGACCUCAGCAUCAAGCAAGCAUGGAGAAAGAAAUGUUGGAUAUAGAGAUUCAAACUGCUACUGAAGCUCCAGCUAUCUUCAAGGAAGCCAUUCGACCCGUCACAUUGAAGUUUGAAGAUGUGGUUUACAAGAUCAAACAGAAUAAUAGUACCAAGAACGAAGAGAAAGUGAUCUUAAACGGUAUCUCAGGCCUCGUUCAACCGGGGGAAAUCCUCGCCAUGCUCGGCCCCUCCGGAAGUGGCAAAACGACUCUCCUAACUGCACUAGCAGGCCGGCUAGGCGGUCGACUUAGUGGCGCCAUAACCUACAACAACAAAACCAUUCUCAAACGCAAUGAAAAGAAACACUGGCUUUGUAACCCAAGACGACUUUCUCUACCCCCACUUGACGGUCAUCGAAACCCUAUUCUACACAGCCCUUAUUUGCUUGCCCAACACGCUAUCGAAAACCAAGAAGGCUAUGCAAGCUGA